AUGGAGCAGAAAAACCAGACCAUGGUAACAUUUUUUGUAAUCAAGGGGAUCUCAGAUGACCCUCAACUGCAGCUUCUAAUAUUCUUUCUUGUUCUCUUUAAUUUCUUCACUAUUGGUGGUAAUGGUAACUUGACCAUUCUAUUGCUUGUUUGCCUGGAUACCCAGUUACAAACUCCAAUGUAUUUCUUCGUAAGGAACCUGUCCCUUCUAGAUAUGUCCUGCACCACUGUAACUCUGCAUAAGGUCCUUCUUAGCUACAUAUCCAGUGAUAAUACUAUAUUAUACCUUUCAUGUAUAACACAGAUGUACAUGUCUACAUCGCUGACUGUUGAUGAGCUAUUAUUGCUAACGGCCAUGAGUUAUGACCGAUAUGUGGCUAUCUGUAACCCAUUACAGUACCCAAUUGUUAUGAGAAGUAGAGUAUGUAUUGUUUUGGUUCUUUUUUGUUGGGUUUUGGGUUUUAUAGAGCUUUUACCUUACCUUGUCUUACUUUUAGACAUUUCUUAUUAUUCCUCAAAUAUAAUCAAUCACUUCUACUGUGAUCUUGUUCCAGUAAUGACGCUGUCAUGCAGUGAUAUUUCAGUUUUGAAAAUUGUUAUAUUUACAGAAGGUAUAUUCCUUUUAAGUCUUACACCUUUCUUUCAUGUGGAAGUGUUACCAAGUAUUGUAGGGUUGGUAAUUUGCUUAGACACUGUGUAUCGUUACAAGCGAUCAAAGACAGACAGUCUGGAGAGGCGUGAAUUACACUGGAAGGAAGAGGCAGGUGACGUCACUGAAACUCAGCUGAUUUCAGCUCCGGACUUUGUUAGCGUGUAA